AUGGAAAUCCCAGCUGGUCAGCUAUCUACCAAUCUCACAAUAAGAUUCCCCGAAAACUCGCGGUUUGUUGCCGUCAUGUCCGAUUCGACAGGGUUUGGUACUGGAGGCACUAGCUCAAUAUACACGGUGGGCUCAGGGCCAUCCAACUGUUUGCCUAGUACACCUACUCAGGCGGAUUUCUAUAUGUAUACCGACAACACUACUCCUUCGCAGUGUGGCUCCUAUCGUAUUUCUUGGGACGCUGGGGUGACGAGUCCGGUGCAUAUAUAUGGUAUCAUCCCGGGCGGACAGUCCUUCCAAUUGAAUACACCCUCAAGCGCUACCAAUUACGGCUGGACGACUAACGUUCGAGAAGGGACGCAGAUGUUGCUCCUUGCUGUUGGUGGAAAUAACGAAAACGGUGGCAGUACCGAUAUCACUACCAUUGCUGGGGGUCCUAGCGGAUGUAUCAAUUCUCAAUCUCCCAGUUCGACGGCGGGUCCAGCAGUCGGAGCAAUAAGUACUAUUGCUCAGUCCAAUCCAGCGACUGGAACAGCUCCAGCAUCUGGGACAACUCCAGUGACCGGUACUGGGACUGGGACGGCCGGAGGUUCUAUACCUAUCUCUGCUACUGGUACCGAUGCUACUGGGGGAACUGGGGGAGGGUCUGUAAAUCCUACCGCAACAGCUAGUGGCGGCAAUGGCGCACCGUCAAAUCCGACUGGUUCGGAUCCUAAUAAUCCUUUGCCAUCGACUACAAGGGGAUCUGGAGGUGGGACAGUCACCGGGGAGCCGCACCUUCCAGCCGCAACUGGCGGCUUGCACGAUGGUGAGCGCCGUAUCAAUCUUGGGGCGAUUAUUGGAGGAACUCUUGGAGGCAUUGCUCUCAUUCUACUCAUGGUCUUCAUAUGGUUGAUGUGCAAACAUCGACGGAACAAACACAGUUCGGACGACGACGAAAGGCUAAUGGCUGAACGCAGAACCGAUCUCCUUGAUGAUUCGUUCCCGAUCAUGACCCAGAACCAGAACUACGAACGUGAUUGGUUCAGAGCCGAGCCAUUUGUUUCCUAUGGCGAUGAUGAGUACGACCAAUCGAGGUCUUCGAUGGAUCAUCCUGUAACAAAUGCGGCUAUAUACGCGGCUCUUGCUCGCACACCAUCCUAUUCGACCAGUGGUCAUGGUCAUCGGUCAUCACCCUCGCACUCGAGAUCUUUCUCUCAAUCACAUUCCCAUUCGCACAAUGUAUCUCAUUCUCCGGCUCAUUCGACAUCCCGGCACGCGAGCUCCCACGGUCACUCUCGGUCAUUCUCAAAUCCUUAUAGUUUCUCUUUCACUCCCAAUUCUGGAAACGUUCGCCGCGAUACAACCCCUCUUACCCCACCCACGCCAAUAUCAGCCAUCGAUCCAUUCGUUAACCCCACCCUACGUCCACCACCCUCAAGUUGGCAAAAUCACGCCUCUACCUCGGCCAACGUUGUCCCUCGGUCUAGACGAUCGGGUAGCAUACACGAACAAGACACGGAGAAAUCGGGAAUCGAAAGCGAAGAAGAAACGCACGGAUCGGAAGAUAUCGUGGAUAUACACGUACCCCCGUCAUAUGCCUCGCUGAAAAGGCCCCGAGUCACUAAUCCGGAUAUGCCAGAUUAA